AUUUGACGGCUGCUCGUCGUGAGGUUGAGGUAGUUGGUGCUUGUGCCCCGUGAUGUGGUGUGUGGGGGAGGAUGAUAAACAGUCAGCGGAGAACAGGAGGAACAUGGCGGCACAGUUAGCGAGCAGAAAUGUUGUUUCACUACCGCGAAGGUCAGAGCUGCUUCUGAUUAACGGGAUUUAACGGCGAGGAUACUACCAAAAGUUUUAAAUCGGAGCAGCGGGGGAUGCACACAGAUUUCCCAGCAUUGGCGUCCUGCAGCAAUGCCCUGAGGGACUUUAUGGACUGAAGCCAAGGCGCGGAUAUGCAGUGAGGAUGAGUGGUGUCGGUGAAAACCCAUCUGACCCGUCCAGGGCAGAGUCCCGGAAACGUAAAGAAUGUUCCACAGAGCUUCUGGGACCCAGCCCCAAGCGGAGCAACGAGAAGCGCAACCGAGAGCACGAGAACAAGUACAUCGAGGAGCUCGCAGAGCUCAUCUUCGCCAACUUCAACGACAUCGACAACUUCAACGUCAAGCCCGACAAAUGUGCCAUCCUGAAGGAGACGGUGAAGCAGAUCAGACAAAUCAAGGAGCAAGAGAAGGCUGCGGCGGCCAAUGAAGAGGAGGUGCAGAAGGCCGACGUCUCGUCAACGGGCCAGAGCGUGAUCGACAAGGACGCCCUGGGCCCCAUGAUGCUGGAGGCGCUGGACGGCUUCUUCUUCGUGGUGAACAUGGAGGGCAACAUCGUGUUUGUGUCGGAGAACGUGACGCAGUACCUGCGCUACAACCAGGAGGAGCUGAUGAACACCAGCGUGUACAGCGUGCUGCACGUGGGCGACCACGCCGAGUUCAUCAAGAACCUGCUGCCCAAGUCCCUCGUGAACGGCGUCCCCUGGACCAACGACGGGUCCCGCCGCAACAGCCACACCUUCAACUGCCGCAUGUUGGUGAACCCGCACAGCGAGGGCCCCGAGGAGCCCCACGAGCACCAGCCCCAGAAAUACGAGACCAUGCAGUGCUUCGCCGUGUCGGAGCCCAAGUCCAUCAAGGAGGACGGCGACGACUUCCAGUCGUGUCUGAUCUGCGUGGCGCGCCGGGUGCCUAUGAAGGAGAGGCCCAUGCUGCCCACCCACGAGAGCUUCACCACGCGCCAGGACCUGCAAGGUAAGAUCACCUCUCUGGACACCAGCCUGCUGAGGGCCUCCAUGAAGCCGGGCUGGGAGGACCUGGUGCGCCGCUGCAUCCAGAGGUUCCACCUGCAGAACGACGGGGAGAUGUCCUUCGCCAAGAGACACCAGCAGGAAGUGCUCCGCCACGGGCAGGCCUUCAGCCCCAUCUACCGCUUCUCGCUGUCGGACGGAACCAUCGUGUCGGCCCACACCAAGAGCAAGCUGGUCCGCUCGCCUGCCACCAACGAGCCCCAACUCUACAUGUCCCUGCACAUCCUCCAAAGGGAGCAGACGGUGUGCGGGAUGGGCCAGGACAUGGGACCGGGCGGCCCGGCCACCGGCAUGGGCCCCAAGCCCAUGAACUCGUCCACGCCGGCCAUGACGCCGCCCACCCCGGGCAGCGUGCCGGGCUCCGGGCCGGGCUCCGGCCCCCAGGGCCAGGACACCACCGUCAGCAGCAACAGCACUCCCUUCUCCCCCCCGGGACCCGCCGGCCCCCGGGAGCCCGCCGCCAUGGGGGGCCACAUGCAGAGCUACCGCUUCGGCUGCCCCCCGCCCCACAGCCACACCGGGGGCAUGCAGCCCCCCCAGCAGGGCGCGGGCUGGAGGAUGAACAGCCCGUCCCGCGGCAGCCCCAGCCCGGCCGGCGGGCCGCACCCCCCCCAGCAGAACUCCAUGCUGUCGCCCCGGCACCGGGGCAGCCCCGGGGCCGCCGGCAGCCCCCGCGUGGGCGGGGGCCUGCACUCGCCCUCCCCCGUGGGGAUGGGCCCCGGGGGGCCCGGAGGUAGCGGCCCCGCUAACAGCUACACCAGCAGCUCCCUGUCCGCCCUGCAGGCGCUCAGCGAGUGCCACGGGGUCAGCCACGCCCACCCCCACGCCCACACGCUGGGCUCCCCCGACAGGAAGCUGGGCUCCCCGGCCGGGGCCCCGCCCAACCCCCACGUGACGUCCAAGCCGGGCGAGGGCGAGCCCUUCGGCCCCCACUCGGAGCCGGGGGGCCCGGGCGACGGCGGGGGGCCGGGCGAGCCCAAGGAGGAGCGGGACGGGGGGGGCGCGGCGGCCGAGGGCCACGACGCCCACGGCCGUCUCCACGACAACAAGGGCCACACCAAGCUGCUGCAGCUGCUCACCACCAAGUCGGAGCCCCUGGAGAUGCCCCCCUCCCCCGGCGACGGCAAGGACCCGGCGGGGCCCGGGGCCCGCGGGGGCCACCCGGCCGGGGCCACCCACACCACCUCCCUGAAGGAGAAACACAAGAUCCUGCACCAGCUGCUGCAGAACAGCACCUCCCCCGUGGACCUGGCCAAGCUGACCGCCGAGGCCACGGGCAAGGAGCCCGGGGAGCCGCAGGGGCCCGGGGCCGGGGCCGAGCUCAUCCCCAAGCAGGAGCCCCUGAGCCCCAAGAAGAAGGACAACGCGCUGCUGCGCUACCUGCUGGACAAGGACGACACGGUGCUGAAGGACAAGGCCAAGCUGGAGCCCGGGGAGAUCAAGGUGGAGGCCGGGAAGCCCCCGCUGGUGAAGACGGAGAAGCAGGACGCCGGCUACGACCGCGCAGAGCAGUCCUCGGAGCUGGACGACAUCCUGAAUGACCUGCAGAACGCCCCGCCCCUGUUUGGAGAGCAGCGGCCGGUCUCGCUGCCCAGCCCGAUGGACAAGCAGAACAUCAUCAACGACAUCCUGCAGAUGUCCGAGAGCGGCGACCCCGCCCGGGUAGCGCAGCAGCAGCAGCAGCAUCAGCAUCAGCAGCAGCAUCAGCAGCAGCAGCAGAAUCAACAGCUACAGCAGCAGCAGCAGCAGCAGCAGCAGCAGCAUCAACAGCAGCAGCAGCAGCAGCAGCAUCAACAGCAGCAGAGUCGGCCUAUGGGCCCGGGCAUGGGCCCAGGGAAUUUCGGUGGCGUCCGACCCAACCAGCCUGGCCGAGGCGCCCCCAUGAGGAGUGUGUCCCUGGACAUGUCCAUGUCCCCCCAGAACCCCUCGCUGCAGUACCCCCUGAGGGCCACCAGCCCCUACACCCUCAUCCAGCAGCAGCAGCAGCAGCAGCAAGGCAUGAUGGGAACCCACGGCAUGCUGAGCAGCCCGGCCGGGAUGGUGAACGCAGGGCUCAUCGGUCCUGGCGGUCCGCGGCCGGGCAUGCAGCAGCCAGAGGGUUGGAUUGGCUCUGCGUCGGCCCCUCCCCCCGGCGCCGCGGGGCGUCUGGGGCCCAGCGCCGCCCCCAUGAGGCCCAACAGCCAGCCGGGGCCCCGGCUGAUGCAUCAGUCCACCAUGAUGGCCAACGCAGCUCAGCCAGGGAUGGACAUCGGCAUGGCCGGGCACCAGUUCUCCCAGCAGCAGGCGCCGCCCAAUCAGACGGCUCCGUGGCCUGACAGCAUGAUGCCCAUCGACCAGACGGCCUUCGUCAACCAGAACAGGUCGGUGUACCCGGGCCCCCAGGACGAGCUGUGCGGCGGGGGCCCCGGGGACGGGGCGGCGGCGGACGAGGGCGCGCUGCUGUCCCAGCUCUACACCGUGCUCAAGGACUUCGACGGGCUGGAGGAGAUCGACCGCGCCCUGGGGAUCCCUGCUCUGGUAGGCCAGGGCCAGGCGGUGGACCAGGACCAGUUCUCCCAGCAGGACCCCUCCAUGCUGCUGGACCAGAAGCCGCCCAUGUACGGGCAGCAGUUUGCCCCGCCCCCCCACAUGGGCCAGAGGGGCUACGCCGGGGCGCCCAUGCAGGAGCCGUCCUUCCACCCCAUGGGGGGGUCCAUGGGGGGGGGCCCCAUGGGGCCGCGGCCCGGCUACCCCAUGCUGAGGAUGCAGACGCGGCCCGGCCUGAGGCCCGCGGGGGGGGGCCCCCCCCAGCCCAACACCCUGAGGCUACAGCUCCAGCACCGGCUGCAGUCCCAGCAGAACCGCCAACCGAUGAUGAAUCAGAUGAGCGGCGUGUCCAACGUCAACCUACCUCUCAGAGCCAGCGCUCCCAACCAGGGGACCAUCAACGCCCAGAUGUUGGCCCAGCGGCAGCGGGAGUUGCUCAGCAACCACCUGCGGCAGCGGCAGGUGCAGCAGGCGCAGCAGGUGCAGCAGCAGCGCAGCAUCGCCAUGCGCGCACAGGGCCUUAGCCUGCCGCCCAACAUGGCCGCCAACGCCGCCGCUGCCGCCGCGGCCGGGGGCAUGGGCAACCCCCGGAUCCCCCAGGGCAACCCCCAGCAGUUCCCCUACCCGCCCAGCUACGGUACCAGUACAGGCCUGGCCUCUCCGCCCCCCCCCACCAGCCCCUUCUCCUCCCCUCUCUCGCCCGGCCUGCCCUCUCUCCCCCCCAACCCCCAGCUCCACAUGCAUGGCUCCUCCUCCUCUUCCUCCUCCUCCUCCUCCCAGAUGAUGAUGGGCGGACAGUACGGGGCGGUACUCACCCCCCAAAUGCAGCACAGUGCCUUUCAGUUCCCCAACUCAGGUAUGAGCCAGCAGGCGGACGGGGGGUUCGGCGGUCCCGGGGCGGCCCAGAGCCCCAUGCUCUCGCCCCGCAUGAGCCACGCCCAGUCUCCCAUGAUGCAGCAGGGCCAGGCCGGCGCCGCCUUCCAGGGCUCCCCCGACAUGAACGGCUGGCCGCAGGGCAACAUGGCGGGCAGCAGCAUGUUCUCCCAGCAGCAGCAGCCCCCCCAGCAGCAGCAGGCCUCGCCCCAGUUCAGCCAGCAGAGCAACGGCAGCCUGUACAGCAGCAACGGCCUCAACAGCGUCUCCAUGGCGACCAACAUGGGCCCCACCAGCAGCAUGGGCCAGAUGGGCGCCACGCCCAUGGCCUCGGGGCCCCCAACGGGGAUCCCCUCCAUGGGGCCGGAGCAGAAGUACUGUUGACCUCGGGGAGUGUUCCGCCUGCUCCUCUGUGAUUGGCCCCCUGGACCCCCCCGCCGGCCCCCCCCCCCUGGCCUGGCCCCCUCCCUCCUCAACCACACAACUACGGGACCCCAGGAGCCCGACGGGGCCCCCGGAUCAGUCUGCCUCCAACGACCUCACUCCAAGCCCCCCGCCGCCCCCCCGCCCGCCCUGACCUCUGACCUCAGCCACCCCCCCACCUCGCUCGGCCUACCACGUUGCCCCGGGCAACCGGAGUGACCUCGGGACGAUACGGCCGGCGGUGGGGGGGGGGGGCAGAGUCGGAGGAGGAGGGGCUUGUCACGGUGGGAGGGGCCUAUGGAACUGCUAGGACGUGCCACGCCCCUCACCGACUGCAUUCACCCUGGUGUGACUUACUGUAGGCGGCCCUCCGGUGGGGGGGGGGGGGCGGGGGCUUCCCCUGCUCAGAUGAAUGUAUUCUCUCAGUGGACAGCGGCCAUUUACAAUCUCAUCUCAAAGACAACGUACCCCACACUGCGCUCUGGCUCCUCUUUCUGCUACUGCUACUGCUUCUCCUUCUCCCUCCUUCCUGUCGUUCUUCUUGCACCCCCCCCCCCCCCCCCCCCCAACAGGUAUUUCUCAGCCCCAGAGGGCGAUGCUCCUCUGAAAUGGCAGUCUGGGCGUUACGCUAAGCUAAGCUAACGAACUGUUCUGGUCGGAGACACUCAGCCAGAUCUGCCUUCUCUGCUCUCAUUUCUUUCUAUUUCACCCCCCCCCCCCCCCCCCCCCCCCCCGAUGAGUGAGAAUAAAGAUGUAGAAUGAAGACAUGGUUUUGGCGAAUGAGAGAGAAACACUGCAGAAGAAUUGAUUGUGAGUGGAAUGAUUGAUUUGUAUGAUUAGACUAAUUUUAGUCCAGAGGUUUAUAGUGUAUUAAAUUAAGUUUUAUUUUUCUGUAUAGAUUUUAAUUAUUGUAGAUGAUUCUUUAUUCUAGUAGGACGAGAUAAGUAAAAAAAAAACACAGAUAUUUCUAAGGUGGUGAAAAGUGCGAGAGAAGCACUUUUUUUAUCAUUUAUCCGUGAAGGUGGUUGUGUUCUUUCUGUUUUUUGAAGAGACUCUCCUAUUAACCUUG